CUAGUUUAUUUUAACACGUCAAAUAUAAUAAUAGAUUGGAGAGAAUAUACCAGUAGCUCACGAGUUAGUUAAUUGGCUCUUCUUUGGCACUAUUAGUGCCUCGAUAAUUGAAAGGUAAAACUUUUUCAUUGGAGUGUCAGCGGCAGUUGUGUUCUAUCCUCAAGGAAAAGUGUUUCCGCUUUUGAAGAUGCUGCAUUUUCAAUUGGAAAAGGUUUUCCUGCUUCUUUUAUUCAUUUUUUUCGAGGUUAGCUCACCCGAUACUCUCGAGAGACUGAAGCGGCAGUUGCUUUCCCAAGAUGGCACUGAAGUGGAGUUAAACCUAUCGUUGAACCUGCCACUGAACGAUCCGACCUACAGCCUCACGGCGAGCUUCUUCCUGGAGAGCGACUACAAGAUGCCGCCCUACAACUCGCAAGCCAUCUACACCAAGCCGUGGGAUUCCCUAUUUGAGGCGUCCGAGACAAAUAAACGUCGGCGAUCGUCCCGGGCCUCCGUCUACCGAGCCGUCGAGGGCCUCUUCGAGAAGGUUGGCCACCUGCCCGGCCGGGCUUGCCUUCUCCGCAGCAUCUGCGAGGCGGCAGCGUGGCCCCUGGACCACGACGGCCUCGUUGGACAACUCGCGCACACCAUUCUCACACCUUCAAGCACAGUGGAAAACGGUCCAUUGCACGCGGAAUAUUUUGCGGCUGAACAAUUAGGUCGGACGGGAAACGAAUGCAGACAGUACUUUGCGAGCUGUCCAAAAACUCCGCUAGAUAUGAUUUCCACCUUAGUAUCUUUGUCACUUCCAGAUAUUAUUGACAACUUCUGA